AGAGUAAAAGCGUUCCAAUGGUUUGGACUACAAAGUCCAGAGUUCAUAGUGCUUCAGAACGCGGAAGUGCCGUCGAUCCGUCCUUAGUGGAAGUGCGGCUGUUGAAAAUGCGGUAAAACAUCGACAAAACAUCCAAUUCACACAUGUGUCGGUGUGUGUGAGCAAGACAUGGUGCCAGAACAUGGGAAUCAGCAGAAACGCUCGUCGCAGCCGUCUAAUAGCGAGGGUGACGCGGACGGAUCGUUCGUGUUUGAGGCUAAAGAGGCCUGGAAGGAUUUCCACAACUCCCUCAGACAGUUUUAUGAGAACGGAGAGCUGUGUGACGUCACUCUGAAGGUUGGGAACAAACUGAUACCAUGUCACAAACUGGUUCUGGCCUGCGUGGUGCCGUACUUCCGCGCCAUGUUCCUCUCAGAUAUGGCAGAGGCCAAACAGGACUUGAUUGAGAUACGAGAUUUCGACGCCGAUGCCAUCCAGGACCUGGUGCUCUUCGCGUACUCCUCGCGCCUGACUCUGACGGUGGAUAACGUCCAGCCGCUGCUGUACGCGGCGUGUAUCCUGCAGGUGGAGCUGAUCGCUCGGGCCUGCUGUGAAUACAUGAAAGCACACUUCCACCCCUCCAACUGUCUGGCCGUCCGCACCUUCGCAGAGAGUCACAACAGGGUGGACCUGAUGGACAUGGCUGACCGCUACGCAUGCGAGCAUUUCAGUGAAGUGGUGGAGUGUGAGGAUUUCAUCUGCGUCUCGCCGCAGCACCUCAAGACGCUGCUGGCCUCCAGUGACCUGAACAUUCAGUCUGAGACUCAAGUGUACAACGCCGCUGUCAAAUGGCUUAAAGCCAAUCAGAAACACCAUGAUGUCUGGCUGGAUCAGAUCAUGUCUCAGGUGCGUCUUCCUCUGCUGCCGGUGGAUUUCCUCACAGCCACUGUUGCUAAAGAGGAGAUGAUCAAGGCUAAUUUGAGCUGCAGAGACCUUCUUGACGAAGCUCGAAAUUAUCAUUUGCACCUUAGUAACAAGAGCGUUCCUGACUUUGAGUAUUCGAUCCGUACGGCUCCCCGCAAGCACACCGCAGGUGUGUUGUUCUGCGUCGGGGGACGAGGGGGAUCCGGAGACCCGUUCCGCAGUAUCGAGUGUUACUCCAUCAGUAAAAACAGCUGGUUCUUCGGCCCUGAAAUGAACAGCAGACGCAGACACGUGGGAGUGAUUUCAGUAGCAGGGAAAGUGUAUGCUGUUGGAGGCCAUGAUGGCAACGAGCACCUCGGAAACAUGGAGAUGUUUGAUCCACACACCAACAAGUGGAUGAUGAAAGCCUCCAUGAACACUAAACGGAGGGGGAUUGCGCUGGCUGCUCUCGGCGGACCCAUCUACGCUAUCGGAGGUCUGGACGAUAACUCCUGCUUCAGUGACGUGGAGCGCUAUGACAUCGAGUCGGACCGCUGGAGCGCCGUGGCUCCUAUGAACACACCCAGAGGAGGCGUGGGAUCUGUGGCGCUCGGGGGCUAUGUGUACGCGGUCGGGGGAAAUGACGGCGUUGCUUCGCUGUCCAGCGUGGAGCGCUUCGACCCUCAUCUGAACAAAUGGACAGAUGUGCGAGAGAUGGGGCAGCGGCGCGCUGGAAACGGUGUCAGCGAACUCAACGGAUGCCUCUACGUUGUUGGUGGGUUUGAUGAUAAUUCUCCGCUGAGCUCAGUGGAGCGCUUCGACCCCAGGACCAAUCACUGGGAGUAUGUGGCGGAGUUGACCACGCCCAGGGGCGGAGUCGGCGUUGCCACGGUGAUGGGGCGUGUCUUUGCAGUGGGGGGCCACAAUGGAAACAUCUACCUGAAUACGGUGGAGGCUUUCGAGUCCCGGAUGAACAGAUGGGAGCUGGUGGGCUCUGUGUCUCACUGUCGGGCCGGUGCUGGAGUCGCCGUCUGCUCCACUCACAUUAGUCAGAUUCGAGACGUCGGCCAGGGCUCCAGUAACGUCGCUGACUGUAUGUAGCUACAUCGCCAGAGUUUGACACACUACAACACUAACGCUUCAGCCAAAUUACACACCAAACACCUGCUUUCAGCUGUAAUGUGGCUCUGAAUCUUCUGUGUACUACACGACAAGAAAUCUUUGCGUUUGUGCUUGAAUUUUGUGAGUGGAAAGUUGUUGUUUUUUUUUUUGUUUUUUUUUUAAGCAGUGAGAUCACAUG